AUGGCGUUAUCCAAGGUUUGGAUGUCCCUAUUCUUGAUCGUGAUCACUUUAGCUGGAUCGAUCUGUGAAGAGGAAUCGGAAUCUAAAGAGUUCGUUGUCACGUUAGACCACUCCAAUUUUACUGAUUUCGUAGCGAAACAUAAGUUCGUCGUCGUGGAGUUUUACGCACCCUGGUGUGGUCACUGCAAGAAACUCGCUCCUGAGUAUGAGAAAGCUGCGGCUAUUUUGAGCAAGGAUGAUCCUCCAGUUGUGUUAGCCAAAGUUGAUGCCAAUGAGGAGAAAAAUAAACCUCUUGCCAGUGAGUAUGAAAUUCAAGGUUUUCCCACAGUUAAAAUUUUGAGAUAUGGAGGCAGUGUUGUUCAAGACUAUAAAGGACCUCGUGAGGCUGAUGGCAUUGUAACUUAUUUGAAAAAACAAAGUGGCCCUGCAUCCAAUGAAAUUAAAUCCCAUGAAGAUGCUACCUCUGUGAUCGACGACAAUAAGAUACUUGUGGUUGGAAUAUUCCCGGAAUUUUCUGGGGAGCAGUUUGAGAACUUCACUACUUUGGCUGAGAGAUUGCGUUCUGACUAUGAGUUUGGUCAUACUUUGGAUGCUAAGCUCCUUCCUCGUGGGGAUGCAUCUGUUGCUGGACCAAUUGUUAGGCUGUUCAAGCCUUUUGAUGAACUAUUUGUCGAUUUUAAGGACUUUGAUGUGGAUGCUUUAGUGAAAUCUGUUGAAGAAACAAGUAUUCCUACUGUUACUAUCUUUAACAAGGACCCAAAGAACCAUCCAUUUGUUGUCAAAUUCUUCAACAGCCCCAACUCCAAGGCAAUGUUAUUCCUGAACUUCAGCAGUGAGCAUCAUGAUGCUUUUAGAUCAAAAUAUCAUGUUGUUUCUGAGCAGUUUAAGGGCAAGGGCCUAAGUUUUCUAAUGGGUGAUAUCGAGGCUAGUCAAGGUGCUUUCCAGUAUUUUGGGAUUAAGGACGAUCAGGUUCCUUUGAUAAUCAUACAGACAAAUGAUGGAAAGAAAUAUCUAAAGCCAAAUGUUGAGCCUGAUCAGAUUGCAGCAUGGGUCAAGGACUUUACGGACGGUAAUGUGCAACCAUACAAAAAGUCAGAGCCCAUUCCGGAGGCCAACGAUGAACCUGUUAAGGUGGUGGUUGCUGACAACUUUCAGGACAUUGUCUUCAACUCAGGGAAAAAUGUUCUAUUGGAGUUCUAUGCUCCGUGGUGCGGACACUGCAAAAAAUUAGCUCCAAUUUUGGAUGAAGUUGCCGUAUCAUUUGAAAGUGAUCCUGAUGUUAUCAUUGCUAAAAUUGAUGCUACUGCAAAUGAUAUCCCAAAUGAAACUUUUGACGUUAAAGAAUCGUGCUGCGGUUGCAGAACCAGAAUCAAGAAAGGAGGAGCUGUAAUUAUGGUGGAGCAUCAUCAUUAUAUUUGUGGAAUGUCCUUUCGUGAAAAAAAAAAAGGAUGA